AUGACUGUUUGUGCUUCGUUACAUGGCCCCAAGGUUCUUCGGCCUGGUCAGUAUCAUGGAAUCGUUGGUGUGUGGGACAAGGUAGCAGGCGAAGACUCACCUGAGCCGGAUGCAUUGGGAAUAACACAUGAUCGAAGAGACAAGCGAUUCUAUCAGGGUGGUACCUUGACCCUGACCAGUAUCGACUCCAACGUCUCGCACCCGGUCCCACUUAUUUACGAUCCAUACCCAUCAUACAAUAGCCGAGAAUGGAAGAAGCAGUUCCAUGGAAAAUUCCAGCCAUGUCUUGGCCCUAGGGAUCAUUAUCUCGACCGCAGGUCUGCGGAAGACAUGGUUCAAGUCUACAAGGGCCAGCAAGCCGGGUUUCCAGCACCGGGAUUUGGAUCGUACGAGGCAUUAGGCCUAGACGGAAACGUUUGCACGGACCGGUACUCCCGCUUUGGGGCAUAUGGAUACGAUGAAGAUGGCGAGGAUGAGGUGCCGGGCUUCACGCGCCCUCCCGCAGUGCCGUGGUGCAAGGUUGAUUGGGACAGGCUGCAAAACCUGUGCCUGGAAAGAAACGCAGAUCGAUACGAGUCAAUUGAGACCGCUAACUCUUCAACCCAGAGUCCACUGGCAUUCGAUCUUCCCCAGGAUCUUCAUAAAUCACAGAAGUCAUCUGGGCGUGCUUCGGGUUUGAAGCAGUAUCAUCCUCGCUCGGCUGUGUUAAUUCGGGCUUGGAAUGGGCUCAAUUGGAAACCCCACCAUCGUGAAUACCUUCGGGCUUUGAUUAUGGAGCUUUCCUUGCAUUCUGGCGGUGAAUAUCAGAUCUAUCUCCUGUGCCAUGUCAAGGAGAAUGAGAUGCCCAUAUUUUCUGAUAUCAAGACCAUCAAUCGACUCAGGAAUUCCAUCCCCAAGGAAUUUCGGAAUAUGGCUCUUUUCUUCAAUAACAAACUUUUGGAAGCUUUAUCAACUAACAGCACCCCCAGUCCCCAACUCCAACACCACCAACCUCUCCAAAUCUUCUCCCAGCUGUAUCCGCACUAUGACUACUACUGGCAACUAGAAAUGGACGGUCGACACACAGGACACACCUACCACUUCCUUGACCGAGCAGUCUCAUUCGCCCGUCAACAACCCCGAAAAUACCUCUGGGAACGCAAUGCCUACUUCUACACCCCCGGCGCCCACGGCAACUGGAGCGAGUUCACACAAAUGGUCCACGAAAGCCUCUCCGACAGAUCCAACCGCACAAUCUGGGGCCCCGUAACCGGCACCGGGAUCAGACCACUGGGCCCAGACCCUCCAGUACCACAGCCCGACCAAGACAACUACACCUGGGGCGUAGGCGAAGAAGCAGACUUCAUAACAUUCCUACCGAUCUUCAAUCCACAAGAUACGCAGUGGACAUUCCCGGACAAGAUCUGGAACUUCAGAUCCGGACCGUACACGCCGCGUCGCGCCGCGGUCAUCACAAUGGGCCGGUACUCGAAGCGUCUGCUGGAUUUGAUCCACCACGCGCAGGCGACGAGGGGUCUUGGACUUGCGUCGGAGAUGACGGGUGCAUCGUGGGCUUUGUUUCAUGGUCUCAAGGCUGUGUAUGUUCCUCAUCCUAUCUAUGCGGAUGGUCAGUGGACGCCGAGGGAACUGGCGCGUAUCUACAACCCCGGUCCGCCGGAGAAUGUUAAUGGGGGUCCGGAUAGUAUUUGGAAUUUUGAUCAUAUUUUUGAUCAUAUCAUGUACCGACUCUCGUAUAUGUUUACGACGCAUAGCGGGGAGGAUUUGUACAGGCGUUGGCUUGGGUACAGGACUGCGGAACAUGAAGGUGGGAAAACGAUAUCCGAGGAUCUUUAUGGUCGACAUUGCUUCCCAUCUAUGUUUCUUCAUACGAUCAAGAAUACGGCGCAACAAAUGGGGCCAGACAGGGCUGUUCCUUGA